CGAUCUCAGUAGGCCUGGACCUACAACGAAGCAUUGCACUUGUCGGCUACAGGUUGUUGCGAGUGCAUCACCACUUCACUCGCAUCGCCAUCAGACUAUCGCGCUAUACGACGAGGCAGACUGGGCCACCAUGAACGACGUGCUCGCACAUUCCCAAGCCUGGGUGAACGGCACCCUGACCAACCUCAUCAACCCACAAACUGCGGUGUAUGCUGCUGACCUGUAUCAAGGCACCGAUCCUUCAAAGCUGAACUUUGCAGAGAGAGCAUGGAUGGACUGGUACCUGUACUGGGGCAACCCCAUCCUUGCCACCGGUAUCAUGAGCUUUGUGCUGCACGAGCUCAUCUACUUUGGUAGAGCUAUCCCUUGGAUCAUCAUCGAUUCUAUGCCUUCCAUGCGCAAAUACAAGCUGCAGGAGGACCGCACACCAACCCCGGAGCAGCAGUGGGAAUGCACAAAGUCCGUGCUGCUCAGCCACUUCACUGUGGAGUUGCCACAGAUCUGGAGCUUCCACCCCAUCUGCGAAUACUUCGGCAUGGCCACCCACUCGGUGCCAUUUCCUUCUGUUUUGACCAUGCUGUGGCAGAUCGGCAUCUUCUUCGUCUUCGAGGAUACCUUUCACUACUGGGCACACCGCGCCUUGCACUGGGGUCCUUUGUACAAGCACAUUCACAAGAAGCACCACGAGUUCAGCGCUCCUUUCGGCCUGGCCGCUGAAUACGCUCAUCCUCUCGAGGUGUUCAUCCUCGGCUCAGGCACGAUUGGAGGACCCUUUUUGCUUUGCGCGCUCACGAAGAACUUGCACAUUCUCACUGUCUACGUAUGGAUCGUUCUGCGCUUGUUCCAAGCCAUUGAUGCCCACUCCGGGUACGACUUUCCCAUCAGCAUGCACAACUGGAUGCCGUUCUGGGCCGGGGCUGAUCACCACGACCACCACCAUAUGGCCUUCGUAGGCUGCUACUCUACCAGCUUCAGGUGGUGGGACCACUUCAUGGGCACCGACUUGAACUACAAGCGUUACCGCGCCCGCCAAGCCGAGGCAAAGAAACAAGCCAAGGAGCAAGGUCUGUCUUGGCCCACGAAAGAAGCCACCAAGAACGCCAAGGGUAUGCCGCUCAAGAAGAAAGCUGAGUGAAGAAGCUCUCUGCAGGCUUGCCCAAUCGAUUUGAAGUGCGUCCAUUUGCGAUGAGAGUAUCCCCGAAAGAUCGCCUCUACCGCUUGGCUCCACGAAUACCCUAGGCCAUUU